AUGGACAAUACGAACGGGAAUCAUGCCAGGUCCACGUACCUUAACUUUGUCCUUGAUAACCAGCCGGUUGCCUCGUAUUCCCACAUACCAGACCCACUUGCCGAUGGCAAUAUGAACUCAUUCCAGUACAAUGUGCUGGUCUACGCGGACGAUACGCUCGACAAUGGUGCCCACAGACUGAUGCUAGCCGUCGGUGGGAACGGCACCGAUGCGCUCAUGCUCUUCGAUUAUGCUGUGUACAGCUACGCUUCCAUCGCUGCUGCGACUCCGUCCGCGCCCUCUACCGCAGGAUCUAGUGUCAUCACAAGAUCGUCGAACAAUCUCGCAAUCAUCAUCGGCAGCGUACUAGACGGUUUCCUCCUGCUGUGUGUCGUCGUUAUGGCCUUUCGCGUCUGGCGCCGGACGAGAAGCCUCAACCGUAACGGGCUCAGCAUGUCGGAAAGACUCGGAGUCGGACCUUGA